ACUCGUUGCUCUGAGACAGACUACACAUAAUCAUCUUGUGCGCAACAGCACACAUCUAUCGGGGAGGUUCUCCAGUCCAGCCCAUGCGGUUUUGUCCUAACAUUGGUGCGUUGGUGUCACAACCUACCCAGCCGGUUUUUUUCCACAGAGCAGAGGGUCUAGUCUAGCAGUCGGUCGUGCAGACGGCAGCAUCGUGCACAGCAUGGCAGAAGCGGACUUACAAACCUUUACCUCUAUCAUGGACGCGCUGGUGCGCAUUAGUUCUAACAUGAAGAGUAUGGAACAGGAGCUGCAUUGCCCGGUGUGUGACGAGAUGGUGAAGCAGCCCGUCCUUCUGCCAUGCCAACACAGUGUGUGUCUGCUGUGUGCGGCUGAGGUGUUGGUACAAAGAGGUUAUCCUCCCCCUGAACUCCCUCCAGAACCCAACUCACCGGCCUCCACGCCCAACACUCGCUCCCCACGACAGACACGCAGACCCACACCGAGGACCCCUGACCGCCUGGAACGAGUCCUCAGAACAGUGUGUGGGACAUAUCCAGGGCGAAGGCGGAAGGACGCAGCCCCUCCCCCCAUGUUGUUCCCAUGUCCUUCUUGUCAGCAGGACGUGGAGCUCGGAGAAAAAGGCCUGACGGACUGUCUCCGUAACCUCACUCUGGAGCGUAUUGUGGAGAGGUACAGACACACAAUAAGUCUGGGCAGCGUGGCCAUCAUGUGUGGUUUCUGCAAGCCCCCUCAGUCUCUGGAGGCCUCUAAAGGCUGCGCCGACUGCAAGUCCAACUUUUGCAACGAGUGCUUCAAACUUUACCAUCCCUGGGGAACGCCCCGAGCUCAGCACGAACACAUCCUACCCACCAACAACUUCAGGCCAAAGGUCCUAAUGUGUCCAGAGCAUGAGCAGGAGAGACUGCUGUGGUACUGCCGCAACUGCCAAAGGUUGCUGUGCCCGCUUUGCAAGCUGCGACGCCUCCACCAUGGACACAAGGUGCUGCCUAUGGCACAGGCCUACCAGGCCCUUAAGGACAAGGUCACCAAGGAAGUCAACUUCAUCCUGGGCAACCAGGAGACAAUACUGAGCCAGAUCACUCAGCUGGAAGCUGCCAUCAAGCAGAUGGAGGCUAACAGCACAGUAGCUCUGCAGCAACUGACCCACUGUAUCCGGGAGCUGGGAGCGGCUGUAGCGGAGCGCCAGGGAGCUUUGGCUCUGGCCCUGGAGGGAUCUCGCAGCAGGAGGGAGGAGGCCCUGUCUGCUCAGGUGUCAGAGAGGCAAGGGCUGCUGGAACACACGGGCCUGAUGGCCUACACACAGGAGCUGCUCAAAGAGACUGAUGCACCCUGCUUUGUGCAGGCGGCUAGAGUCACUCACAACAGGCUUGUGAAGGCCAUUGAAAACCUGCAGUGUUUCUCUCUUGUUGCCGAUCCCUCCUUCAGACAUUUUCAUCUGGAUGCAUCCAAAGAGGUCAAGCUCAUCAACAGCAUAGAAUUUAUACGCGCCCCACUGGCUCCAGUCAUUGACACUCAGAAGACAUUGGCUUAUGACCAGCUGUUUUUGUGCUGGCGUCUCCCUCAGGACUCGGCCCCAGCGUGGCACUUCUCUGUUGAACACCAGCAACGAGCAGGGGGAGCAGGAGCCACAUGGGGUGGCACCAGAUCCCCUAACUCUUCCACAGCAUGGCAACGCCUGGACGAAGUCAGAGGAACCAGUGCCGUGGUUGACCGACUGCGGAUGGACAGUGUGUAUGUGCUCAGGGUGAGAGGAUGCAACAAGGCUGGGUUUGGAGAGUACAGUGAAGAGGUGUACCUCCACACUCCACCAGCACCUGUGUUGAGUUUCUCCCUGGACUCUCGCUGGGGUCUGCAUGCUGACAGGCUGGCACUGGGUAAAGGCCAAACCUAUGCCCGCAGUGUGCCAGGUCUCUCCCUCCUGCAGGCUGCCGACCGCACACUCACUUCUUGCCACUUGACCUCUGACCUUUUGGUGGCUGACCUGGCUGUCACUCAAGGCAGACACUACUGGGCAUGCUCAGUGGAGCCUGGUUCCUACCUGGUAAAGGUGGGAGUAGGGCAGGAGACUAAGCUACAGGAGUGGUUCCAUCUCCCUCAGGACAUGGCCAGCCCUCGCUGUGACCCAGACAGUGGCCAUGACAGUGGGGCAGAAGACGGCCAGGACUCCCCUCCCUUCUGCUUCCUCACCAUGGGCAUGGGCAAGAUCCUGCUUCCACAAGGACACGGUCCCAGUCAGAGCCAGGCGGACAGCCAGAGCUAUGGAGGAGUGCACUCCCACACUAGCAGCCAUGGUAACCUGCCUCACCCUCAUACUGCUCCUCUGCCACCCCGACUAGGAGUAUGUCUGGACUGUGAUAAGGGACGCGUCACCUUCUACGAGGCGCACUCCUUGCGGAUCCUGUGGGAGGGACACGUGGAUUGCUCAGCUCCAGUGUGUCCGGCUUUCUGCUUCAUCGGCGGAGGAGCCCUGCAGCUUCAGGACCUUGUCGCCAAUCGGAGCAUAGAGGAGCCGCCACCAAGGAGGGUAACCAUCCAAACACGAGCAACAAAUCUCGGUAAAUAAGUAAGGAAGCGGUUUAUGGACACAGUUCACUCAGACAUCAAAGUUUGUCUCAUGUCGCUGGAGUUGUAGGUUGUCGACAUUAAUACGAGUUGAUAAUUAAAUGCCUUGAUUGAACUGUCAAUGCUAAAUAUGGUUGUGUUUUUUCUUUUCACGUUAUUUUUGAAAUCUCACUAUAAAUAUCUCAUGUUGUUUUUGCACUUGCACACGAAAAUAUCAAAUCUGUCUUUUGGCUUGAUUUAUAAAAAAAAUUAUAAAAAAAACUAUGAAUGUUGUGGCUGAAGUGAUUUUAGACUAUGCAGAAUUCUGUUGACAGGGUGAGUCAACAGGUUAAAUAAAAAGGCUUGCAGUGUAAGAAAAUCUGCUGUCCGUUAACACUUGACUCAAUUUGUCCCAGAAUGUUUGGACAACAAAAGUUGCAUGCAAGUGUCGGAUUUAUAACUUACAUAAUGCAUAUGCAGAUAACUGACUGUAGUAAAAGCACCUCAGAUGUACUGUAUGUCUAAUUUUCUAUCUUCAUUUUUAUGUAGCCUCAACAAGUGAUAACAAUGUGUAUAUGAUGCACAAUUAGAGAAUGUGAAUAUUCUUUUGGUUGUUGAAUUGUUGAAAGUUCUGCUGGCUCAUGUCAGGACCAUAUAAGUUUAUGUAGUCACUGUUUUGCAUUUCAAAAGGCAUUUCGGCUGGAAAAAUACUCACAGUUGUCUCUGUGUUUUCAGAUUACAACAGAGUAAAAAAGCUUCUGAAGAAUAAUGUUCUCAUCAUGCAGGUUGACUCAUAAACACGUGAAUACGUUUCCUUAUUUUACAUAAUGACAAGAGUUAAAAAAUGUAGAUUUGCCUACUUGUUCAGUAUCAAGCUGUGCUGUUUGAGUGAUUUGCACAUACAUAUUGAUGAUCAGCUAGAGGACGUGGGUGGAUGAAAAGGCCACCAGCUGAAGAGGGUCUAUUUUGAGAGCUCGGGCUAACUUCAAACUUUUUCUUCUCCUAUCGCGUUUUCCGACUGCAACUGACAGUAGCUCAUUUACUAAUUGACUACGCUGAUUCAGAGUUAUGUUUGUGGAAUGUAAGAGCACAGAUAGUAUCAUUUCAAUGCAAAAGAUUGUCUAUAUUGUAAUAUUUUCAAAACAAUAUGGCUCUGACUGUAUUUUAAUAUAUAAUAUUAUUUUCUGGUGUGUGUGUGUGUGUGCGUGAGACACAAAGGGAGAACGCUGGCUGUCACUUUCAUGCUUUCUGAAAGUGUGUGUGUGUGUGUGUUUCUCGUCUUCAACAACUUGUGUAGACUGUACUUGUUACAGCACAGCGCUCGAAUGACUUUAGACAUGUAGCACUUCAGAAAAUCAGAAUCAACAAAUUUAGACUUUGCAGAAUGUUUCUAUCCUGUCAUGAGCAACACAAUAAAUGACUGAUAACUGUAA